AUGGCCUCGUCCAUCAUCCUGUUAAUCGCCAUGACGGUCCUACUUGCUGCAUUUAAUCACAAGCCGAUUUUUGACGACAGGAUAUGGACUCUCAACGCCCUCAUCUCUACGCUGUCGACUGCAAGUAAAGCCUGUUUACUGGCCGCCGUCGCAAGCUGCAUCAGCCAAGAAAACUGGGUUCUAUUCUCCGGAAAGCCACGGCGUCUAUACGAUUUUGAACUGAUUUCCGGAGCGAGCCGUGGGCCUUUUGGAAGUUUCAAGGUCUUGACGAGCUUUAAACUUCGCGGGGGUGGUCUUGUGAGACUUGGCGCUUUGGCGACGAUCUUGACGCUUGCCAUGGACCCGUUUUCGCAGCAAUUGGUUCAACUCCACAGUAGCCAAGAUCGUAGAGUUGAUGAAGCUAGCAUUGCCUAUGCUUCUCGAUACUCCCAAGGCACGCUGGUGAGCGGCAUGACCGCGUAUAGUAUCACCAAGGACGGACAUGUCAAAACUCAAGGUGCAGAUGUUUACGCCAAUGCGGACUUUGCAAUGCAAGCCGCCGUCGCCUUUGGGCUUGCGGCAGACGCAGACGCAAUCAUGGAACAGGCUUCGUUCCACUGUCCUGGUGUCGAAUGUGACUUUAAACCUCUGGAGUCCUUGUCUGUGUGCAGUCAAUGUUCUGAUGUAACUGACAGCUUAAAGAAGAACACAUUGAGUAUGGGAGAUCAAUACUCCAACCUUCAAUACGACCCGAGUAUUGCAGAAGCUCAAGCAAACUGCACCGAGUAUAGGCUGCCCAACGGCCUGUUUCUGAACAAUAUGGACCACAAAUAUGGACCCAGAUCCAGCAUGGUGUACAUGAGCAUGCUUGGCACAUCUGACCAAGACAAGACAGUGGCAAUGAAAGAUGUUGACACCCUCAUUUGGUCUCAAACGGUCAUCAAAGUGGACGCGGAUCCGAAUUCCAAUUCCACCAAGACGUGGCCAGAUUUUAAAGUCAGCGCGUCAGAAUGUGCACUCUACUACUGCACCCGGCGUUAUGAGGGAGACUACAAAAUCGGAUUCAUCAAUAUUACCUCAACGGAACUGAAAGAUCACAAACGUAACCCCCAAUCGUGGCAGCCAUUGGAUCCAAGGUUUCAAUCGGGCCAUGGAGUUGCAGAAAAAGUCGUCAAGAGCCUAGCAUAUGAUCCACAGGAAUCAAUUAUUCGUCGCACAGACUUGCAACUAGGGACAACAGCCGGAUGGAACAUUUCAGAUGAAGCUGUUUACGGAACCAGUUACUACAUGCAGACUCUCUUCGCUAAUUGCCUCAACAGUCCCGAGAACUGCACACAGGCCGUUGAGAGCUGGGGCGUCCCCAAUGGAUUCUACAUAUCUAGACUCUCAAAUUUUAGCGGCGAGGAGAAGCAAGCUGAACAAUUCCGCCCUAGUGUUGCCAAGGUGCUUUGGGAGACGGAAGAUUAUGAACAAGUUUUCGAUAACAUCGCAGCGAGCAUGAGUAAUGCCAUUCGGAGCGGAGCUGAUGGUGGGCAAAUCGAAAAGGGCGAUGUCCUACAACCAACAACUGUGUAUGUGGUGGCGUGGCCAUGGAUAACUCUGCAUGCCGCCAUCGAGUUGGGAGGCCUAGUCCUUCUUGUACUCAUUAUCAGGUCAUCAGGCUCGAAUACCGCGCAUAUAUGGAAAUCGAGUGAGCUGGCUGUCUUAUCCAAGGGUGCUGCACUGGGCGACGUCUUCAAAGAAACCCAUACAAAGGACGAACUAGAAGAGCGGGCUAAGAACAUUCCUACCGUCUUAGUAAACAAGCACGAGAUGGGCCAAGUUGAGGGUUCUAGUGACUUUCUCUUGACUGAUAGAAGAAACGUAGCGUGACAAGAUUUAGCUCCAGAAUUAUAC